AUGUCACCAACUGAAUCGUCACGUGAAGAGCAUGUUUACAUGGCCAAGUUGGCCGAACAGGCUGAACGUUAUGAAGAAAUGGUAGAGUUUAUGGAGAAAGUUGCAAAGACAGUUGAUACUGAGGAGCUAACUGUGGAGGAAAGGAACUUGCUCUCUGUUGCCUACAAAAAUGUCAUUGGAGCCAGGAGGGCUUCAUGGAGGAUCAUCUCUUCCAUCGAGCAGAAGGAAGAGAGCAGGGGAAAUGAAGAUCAUGUCACAAUCAUUAAGGAGUACAGGGGCAAGAUUGAAGCUGAGCUAAGCAAGAUCUGUGAUGGAAUCUUGAACCUCCUUGAGACGCAUCUUAUUCCCUCUGCAUCGUCUGCUGAGUCCAAGGUAUUUUACCUCAAGAUGAAGGGUGAUUACCACAGGUAUCUUGCUGAGUUUAAGACUGGGGCUGAGAGGAAGGAAGCUGCCGAGAGCACUUUGUUGGCUUACAAGUCUGCUCAGGAUAUUGCUCUUGCUGAACUGGCUCCUACUCACCCAAUAAGGCUGGGGCUUGCUCUUAACUUCUCUGUGUUCUACUAUGAGAUCCUUAACUCUCCUGAUCGUGCUUGCAAUCUUGCCAAGCAGGCUUUUGACGAGGCUAUUUCUGAGUUGGAUACAUUGGGCGAGGAGUCUUACAAGGACAGCACAUUGAUCAUGCAACUUCUUCGAGACAAUCUGACACUCUGGACCUCUGAUAUCACGGAUGAUGCUGGGGAUGAGAUCAAGGAAGCUUCAAAACGUGAAUCAGGCGAGGGGCAGCAGUGA